AUGAAAGGCGAGGAUGAAGGUGUCUUUGCUUGGAUAACCACCAACUACCUCCUCGGGAAAAUCGACGGAGGGGACGAGACUCCUACUGCUGCAAUCUUCGACUUAGUUCGUCACAAAGGAAGCGCUUCCGCAUAUGAGUUAAAUUUUCAGGGCAAAAGAUUUCAGCUCUACCAGCACUCUCAUCUGGGCUACGGCCUGAUGUCUGCACGAGCAGCACUACAUCGACUAGUGCUCGACCGAAGCUAUAAGCAGAAUGCCUCCUUGAAAUCGUGGUUGUCACGGCCCGUGGAAAAUCCCUGUAUACCACCUGGUAAUCGGGUCAAAAUCACCGUGGAGAUGCCGUCCGACCACCCUCUCAUGGGCGAACACGAGGUCAUAAUGCGAGGACCCGUCGAGGCUGAUCCUGCACAAUGUCGAACAUUAACCGAAGCAAUCCUCAACAAAGACAAGCCGUGUUCGAUAUCACCAUGCUCAAUCAACGGCGUGUAUCAGCCUUCUCUUGAGGAAACGCUCUCGGAAGACGUGUAUCUGUUCUCCUACUUUUACGAUCGCACGCACAAGCUAGGAAUGCCGGAUUCGUUCACGCUAAAUGAGCUCCAUGAGCUCGCUUCCAAAGUCUGCGCUGGUGAAAGGACAUGGGCGUCUGCAUUCGGGCAUGUUAAAGGGGCGUUGCAGAGUCUGAAAGAGAUGCCGGAAUGGUGUCUAGAUUUGACCUUCAUGGAAUCGUUGCUCCACAAGGGCUAUGAGAUGCCAAUGAGUCGACGUGUUAAGAUCGCCAGCCAGAUUAGGGGCAACGAGAUUGGCUGGUGUCUUGGGGCGAGUCUGACGCUCUUGGAGCGAGGAAGUGGUUGGCAAUGCCGCAGGGUGGAUUGA